CACAAUUGUUUUCUUUACCAAUAGUUUCCUCUGGCUCACUGUGGUGGACGGAUUGUCCUGGGUUCUAUGGAAGAGAUGUCAGGAGUGAGUGCGGUCAGCACUGCAGUGGCAGCGGCCUCCACCAUGCGCACGACCUCCUUCAAGGGAUCUUGCUCGGGCUGCAAGUAUGUGAAGCUGAAUGUAGGAGGCGCUCUCUACUACACCACCAUGCAGACACUCACCAAGCAGGACACCAUGCUCAAGGCCAUGUUCAGUGGACGCAUGGAGGUGCUGACCGACAGUGAAGGCUGGAUCCUGAUUGACCGGUGUGGUAAGCACUUCGGGACGGUUCUGAACUACCUGCGAGACGGAGCCGUGCCGCUGCCGGACUCGCGCCGGGAGACAGAGGAGCUUCUAGCUGAGGCCAAAUACUACCUGGUGCAGGGGCUGGCGGACGAGUGCAUUGCAGCGUUACAGAAUAAGGACACGUACGAGCCCUUCUGCAAAGUGCCACUGGUGACGUCCUCUAAGGAAGAGCAGAGGCUGAUCACCUCCGCCAACAAGCCGACUGUGAAACUUUUAUACAACAGAAGCAACAACAAGUACUCCUACACCAGUAACUCUGAUGACAACCUGUUGAAGAACAUCGAGCUCUUUGACAAGCUGUCCCUGCGCUUCAAUGGGCGCGUGCUGUUCAUUAAGGACGUCAUCGGGGAUGAGAUCUGCUGCUGGUCCUUUUACGGGCAGGGACGCAAGAUAGCAGAGGUCUGCUGCACCUCUAUUGUCUACGCCACGGAGAAGAAACAGACCAAGGUUGAGUUCCCGGAGGCGCGUAUCUUUGAGGAGACCCUGAACAUCCUGCUGUAUGAGUCUCAGGAUGGGAGGGGGCCGGAUAACGCUCUCCUGGAGGCCACAGGGGGCGCUGCAGGACGCUCGAGCCACCUGGACGAGGACGAGGAGAGGGAACGCAUCGAGAGGAUCCGACGCAUACACAUCAAACGCCCCGACGACCACCGCACACACCACCACCAGUAACCAUGACGACCACACACACACACAUCAAACGCCCCGAUGACCACCGCACACACCACCACCAGUAACCAUGACGACCACACACAUUAAGAGACCGGACGACCAACGCACACACCACCACCAGUAACCACGACAACGCAUACACAUUAAGAGACCGGACGACCACCGCACACACCACCACCAGUAACCACGACAACGCAUACACAUUAAGAGACCGGACGAGCACCGCACACACCACCACCAGUAGUGACCAUAGCAACCACCGCACACACCACCACCAGUAGUUACCAUGGCAAGCACCGCACACACCACCACCAGUAGCACUGCAAGCACUGCAUACCCAUAACCAGUAGAGUAACUAUGACUACCACACGCAGACGACAAGACAGUCGCCAUGACGCAGUCAUAGGUCAAUCCUCACACACACACUUACACACACACACUGCCUGUGAGAACACUGCCCAAACAGACCUGCUAUCACAGACAACCUCUCUGUUCGGUCUGCAGACAGUCUCAGCUGUAGCUCCACACACACACACGCACACGCACACGCACACGCACACGCGCACACACACACACACAAACACGCACACACACACACACACAAACACAAACACACUGCUACCUUCACUGCCUGUUCAAGCACACGCAGCCCUCAAAGCCCCAACAGAACCCUUCACUCAUACUCGGCCACUAUAGGGAUGUCACUGUGUCUCCAUGCUGAAAUGUCCUGAAGGGCGGUCACUAUAGGGAUGUCACUGUGUCCCCAUGCUGAAAUGUCCUGAAGGGCUGUCACUAUAGGGAUGUCACUGUGUCCCCAUGCUGAAAUGUCCUGAAGGGCUUUGCAUUGGCCAAAGUCUUCUGUAUUAGAUACUUUGUCCAACUGCAAGAUUUCCAACACGUAGAUGAUGGAGAUUGAUUGUGUGAUUCUGUGGCUAUGAUACAAUUCUGUAGCUGCUAUUUUGUGUAUGAUUGUAUUCAGCACUCCUUUCUCUCCAACACAUUAAGAGGCUACAGCAUGCCGUAGUCCAAGUGCUCCUCACAGGAGAUUUGCCAGCAAAGGUAAUGCUGCACUGCAGUAUUACAUUGCAUUACUUUACAUGACUUUACUUUAUCCAAAGCGACUUGCAGUUAUUUACAGGGUAUUGGUUACAGUCCCUGGAGCAAUGUUGGGUUAGGUGCCUUGCUCAAUGACCAAGGGCCAUACAGGUGUCAACCUCCCACGCAUCUGUAAGUAACUUUAGUUUGCCUCCUGCAAAAUAUGAUAGUCAUCCUGGUUGAAAGCUUUCUCGGGUAUUGGGGUGUACUACAUAGGCACUUCCUUAGAGGGCAGUCCAGCUUUGGGGUGCACCCCUGGAAUGGGGUCUGUCCUGUCUUUGCAACAAUAGAAUCCUAGAAUGGAAUCUUUCCGCUCCUCGCUGUUAGAGUAAAAUCCUGGGGUGCGUUUCUCGACACCAUCUCUUGAUAACUAAUUUAUCAACUUACUUAGUUGCAAUGCCAUUUCCCAUUGGCAACCUACUAAGUUGCUAACUGCUUAGUAUUGAUGCUUUCGAGAAACCUAGCCCUGGAAUGUCGGGUCUUUCCUUGCUACCUGGGGGUGGAGUCUUCGCUCUCCAUGUUGUUAGAAUAGAAUCCUGGAAUGGAGUCUUUGCUCUCCAUGUUGUUAGAAUAGAAUCCUGGAAUGGAGUCUUUGCUCUCCAUGUUGUUAGAAUAGAAUCCUGGAAUGGAGUCUUCCCUCUCCAUGUUGUUAGAAUAGAACCCUGGGCUGGACUUCUUCCAUUCCAUGCUGUAGCAGCAGGACAGAAUCCUGGGGGUAUACUAAGACGCCUGUUUAGUAGUAAACCAGGUUAAGUUAACCUUGAGGUAGAGGUACAUUGUCUAAUAGAAGAGCCUGGAGUCCUAAUUUUCUCAUCUAAAUGAUGCCUGCAGGUACAUCUAUUAUCAGGUUUACCACUUCCUGUAGGUUAACUAAGCCUGGUUUAUCACUUAACCAUGUUCUUAGUAUUACCCCCUGGGGUGGAUUCCUGUGAUGGAAUCUUGUGGUGUUGGGGGGGACCCUUAUCCUUUUAUUCUCAUCACAUAUGAUCAGAUAUGAGACACAAUUACUUUAUUAUAAAGACACAAAAUAUACACAAAGUAUUUAGUGAUGAUAUCCGUACCGCACUAGAAGGAGUUUCCCUCUCGCACUGAGUUUAUUGUCACAUUGUAUAACCGUCUCAUUUGAAGAAUAAGGGCACAAUUUUCAGUGCAUUUGCGAAUAGCGUUCAUGAUGACUUUUAUAGACCAAUGUAUGUAUGUGUGAAGGCACUCUCUGCUAUCGGAACUUAUUAGAUUAAGAUUGAAGGUGUUCUAUGGUUGAUUACCUGCUCUUUGCUGAAGAGAUAUAUCAGUGAGACACCAAAAAGACAAGUUAUGAGCAUUUCAUAUUUUGUAUGGGUAUUAAUGGUUUGCAUUGAUAUUGACAUAAAAUGGUGUUCAGCAUUCCUGUAUGAAAAGUAUGCUGGCGAGAACCACCCCUAAACUUAACCUGUCACAGGGCGUUGUGGCGCACGAGUCAACAUGCAAAGGUGGCAACGCGAUAGCCAGUUGAAAUCGGCAUGUUAUCUUGCAGAGCCAGUGUUCACAGUGCCCCGAUGCCCAGAGUGCCUUAUUCCUACAUGAACAUUAAACUAGCCAGCACUACAUUACAUUACAUUAUAUUACAUCACAUUAUAUUACAUUACAUCACAUUACAUUAGACUUAGCUGGCGCUUUUACCCAAAGCAACUUAAAUAUAUUUACAGGGUAUUGGUUACAGUCCCUGGAGUAUUGUGGGGUUAGGUGCCUUGCUUGCUCAAGGGCACCAGCCAUGCAUGGAUGUGUAGGGAGAGGUAAGGAUGGGAUUCAAACCUACAACCCUCAGCCAUGCAUGGAUGUGUAGGGAGAGGUAAGGAUGGGAUUCGAACCUACAACCCUCUGAUCUUAAGUCCACCUUCCAAACCAUUAGGCCACAGCUACCCAUUCACAGAGUUGUAUGAAGUAGAAGUACUCUCACACAUGUAGUUACAACACUAGUAGUAUGAGAUAACAUGGUUUCAACUAUGUAAUAUCAUACUGUUAGUGUUGUAAGACUACCUACUACUCUAUACAACUCUGCUCAUCCUCAGUAGUAAAACUCCAACAUGCUGUAGAAGGAUCUGGUUUGAUGACAUUAUAUUCUGCUGUUGUAAUUGCAAGUGGUGGAAUGUUACAGUUGUAGACUGUGAGUGAGUAUUGUUUGUUACCGUGGAGCAACGCCUGCUGAAGUUGCGUUGCUGUGCGGAUAGACAACGGGCGUUGAAGGUGGAAGUAACUGACUUUGAAUGGAAUAGCAAAGGGCAGAAGCGGCAAACGCAUUUCUAGCGCAGAUAGCAUCAAAAGCGUCAAAAGAGAAGUUGAACUUCAGCGAAAAAUAUAUUAUGAGCUCGGCGGCAGCCAAUGGAAUGUUAACAUUUUCCUAAACAUGAGCUUCAGUUGGUCACUCUCCCUGAUCCAACGCUUCAGGUUGAAUGGUUUGCUGCGUUUGUCUCACUCGCCCCUGAUCUGUGCUUUCCAGGAGGAACUCUGCAGCGCUUUAGCUCUUUCAACGCCUGCAGUCUGUCCUUCAGAAGUGCCUGUGUGAUCUAGAAGAUUCCCUUCUUAUGGCACUAGGCACUAGUAGCUGACGUAGCUUUUUGAAGAUUUUUUUUAGGCCUGUAUUUUCUGAUGGGACAGUGAGAGACCAGACAGGGAGUUGGAGAGUGAUGUGGGGAAGGAAGGAUCUGCAAAUGACCUGGGUCGGAAUUGAACCCAGGUUGCCGGUGUAGCAGCCCAGUGCCCUACCGUUAGAGCCACGGUAGGGCCAAGCUGACGUAGCUUUGUGGCUAUUUAGCUUUACACAGCAGUAAGAAUAAUGACCAGGGGUAUUUCAAGACAUGUCUUAGUACUGUAGUACAAGUUAAGUUAACCUUAAGGUAGUGGUAAAUCAUCUAAUAGAAGAGCCCAGAGUCCUCAUUUUCUUCACUGAAUGAUGCCUGUUGGCCAUCUAUUAGCAGGCUUACCACUUCCUGUAGAUUAACUAAACCGCUUUCUUGAACUUACCCCCCAGAUCGAUAACCGCUUAUAUUGUGAGGCAUUCCUUAGCCGCAGUGGUUUCAAGAUCAAGAACAAACAUAUUAGUGAAACUGUAUGCAGUAAAACACAAUCAUUUCAUGUAAGAUUUGUAUUUGCACAAUAUUGUAUUUUUACUAAGAGUAGAUUGUAUUUUUAUGUUAAUAAAUAAAUACAUUAAAUAUUUGUACACGUGCUACUUUCAGACUUGUC